UUUCCCCCUCUUCUGGCCCCCCCCCGCUUUGCUGUUUUAAUUGGGUCCUUUUUAUUGGCGGUCGCGGAGCAGGGUUAAGGCAGCCCCUCUCUUGACCGGGGGCUAUUGAGGGUUUCAGUUUUGCUUUUUCUCUUGACUCAGGCGAGUUUCGGAGAAAAGAAAGGAGGAGAGGGGGGAAGGGGAGGGGGAAAAGGGCAGCCACUUUUUUCAACCCCCUUGACAGCGUGCAGGAAAAGGUUUUAAGGGCAUUAGCCCUUAAGAACCUCCAGAGCUCGGGCUGAGCUAUUCCUGUAUCCCCGGAGAACUGGCCUCUCUGUUGUCGACGCGGACGGGGAAAAACAGCUGCCUCGCUUGAUCUUUUUUUCUCCCUGUGAGAUCUUUUUUUUUAAAAAAAAAAAAAAAAAAAAAUUGCAGCAGCUUGUUGCUGUUGUUGAUCCCCCCCCCUUCCUUUUAAAAAUUUCUCUGAGCCCGACAUUUCCUGCAGGAAGAACCGCGUCUCGGCUCCACUCCACUGGCCAUGCUCGCCGCCACCUGCAACAAGAUCGGCAGCCCCAGUCCCUCGCCGUCGGUCCUGUCUGACAGCACCUCAUCCUUCGGCAAAGGCUUCCACCCGUGGAAACGUUCCUCAUCUUCGGGCAGCUGCAACGUGGUAGGCUCCAGUCUGAGUGGUGUCGGAGUCUCGGCCUCGACCCGUAACGGUUCCUCAGCUCACGCCGCGGCCGCGGCAGCGGCAGCAGCAGCGGCGGCGGCCCUGGUCUCGGACUCUUUCAGCUGCGCCGGCUCGCCUGGAUCCAGCGCCUUCUCGCUCACUUCGAGCGGCGCGGCGGCCGGCUCGCCCUUCGCCAACGACUACUCCGUAUUCCAGGCGCCCGGGCCGGCGGGUGGUGGUGGCGGCGGCGGCGGCGGCGGCGGCAACGGGGCAGCUCCAGACACAACCGCCGCUCAUCAGCCGGUCUUCAUCUCCAAGGUGCACACCUCGGUGGAGGGCCUGCAAGGCAUCUACCCGCGCGUGGGCAUGGCGCACCCCUACGAAUCCUGGUUCAAGCCCUCGCACCCGAGCGACGCUGGCGCCUCCAGCUGGUGGGACGUGGGCGCCGGCUGGCUGGACGUGCAGAACCCCAACGGCGUCCACCCGGCCGCUGCCGCGGCCAGCGGUCUCCAAGCGGGUUCCUUGCACUCGCCACUGGGCGCCUACAACUCGGAUUACUCUGGCCUGACGGGCCACUCGGCCUUUAGCAGCAGCGCCGCUUCGUCGCAUCUCCUUAGCCCCGCCGGGCAGCAUCUCAUGGACGGAUUUAAGCCGGUGCUGCCGGGCUCCUACCCGGACGCGGCUCCCUCACCCCUGACGUCUGGAGCUGGCGCCUCCAUGCUGGGAGCCGGACCCUCCGCGCCACUAGGCGGCUCCCCGCGCUCGUCAGCCCGGCGCUACUCGGGCCGCGCCACUUGUGACUGCCCCAAUUGCCAGGAGGCGGAGCGGUUGGGCCCGGCGGGUGCCAGCUUGAGGCGCAAGGGCUUGCACAGCUGCCACAUCCCCGGCUGUGGCAAAGUCUACGGCAAGACGUCGCACCUCAAGGCGCACCUGCGCUGGCACACGGGCGAGCGGCCCUUCGUCUGCAAUUGGCUCUUCUGCGGCAAGCGCUUCACGCGCUCGGACGAGCUGCAGCGCCACCUGCGCACGCACACGGGCGAGAAGCGCUUCGCCUGCCCGGUGUGCAACAAGCGCUUCAUGCGCAGCGACCACCUAAGCAAGCACGUCAAGACUCACAGCGGCGGCGGCGGUGGCGGUGGAGGGAGCGGUAGUGGCGGUGGCUCAGGGGGCGGCAAGAAGGGCAGUGACACCGACAGCGAGCACAGCGCCCCCGGCAGCCCACCCUGCCACUCGCCGGAGUUGCUCCAGACCCCCGAACCGGGCCACCGGAAUGGCCUGGAGUGAAAAUCGCUCUGAGCGCGCCGGCGGAGUCCAGGCUGAGGAGGACCUGGCUUUGCUGUUCCCGGCUCUCGUCUCCCUCCUCCUCCCUCUUCAUCUUCUGUCUCUCUUUCUCCCUUUCUUGUUCGGAUCCACCACGCUUUCAGCCCUCCCAUUUCGUAGCCUCCCGCCCGCUGGGCCAAAGGGGAUCUGGACGUCGAAUAUCGCGCUCCAGCCAACGCGGACUCGCAGCCAGAUCCCUGCCCAGAAAAGGGACUUCUGUCGCCGAGCGGCUGCUCCAGAGACAUCCGCGCCGGAGGGGAAGAGGUUUGGGGCGCUCCAAGCAAUGGGAGGGCGGGGAUCGGGCUCUCGGCAAGGACCAGAGCUUCUCUUAAGCGCCCUUGAGAGAGGGAGAGGCGGCUGUUCGGGGGAGUAGGGAAGGGGAGAGUAGGGAAGAGCCCAAGACCUCCCGCUGAAAGCACUUUGAAUAUUAUGAGAUGCUUUUUAUUAAUAUUAUUAUUUCAAAGAAUUACUCCAAACGUUAAAUUUCUAUUCAGUUUUGCUCCGAAACUGCAGUGCUCACUCGCUUUCUCUGGAAUGUUGCAACUAAUGGGGUUACUCUGGAGGAAGUGGGUGAAACCUAAAAAGUGUGCGUGUGUGGAAGUGAGAGUGAAUGUAGGCGUGAUCGCAUAGUGCCCCAUUUGCAAUUCAGUUCUGUCAAAGAGGAUCCCGCCUUGGUAGAUAUUACAAAAUAAACUGGGCUAGGCUUUUUUUUUCCGAUGUCUUUUCUGUCUAGCACUUCCAAGUAUUCUGUGCUUCAGCGAGUGGUUCAAAAUAACUAAGAUUCUAGUCUUAGUUGGAGGUUGUCUUUUAUUUCGGCUUCUUCCCCCCCCCCCACCAAAAAAAGUUCUAAUAAAAACAGACCAGGAACUUUCAAAUAAACGGAUGCUUAAGAUGCCAUUGACUUGGGGGAGAAAAAAAAAAUCAGAUUUAACAACCAUUAAAGAAAAAUCCCCUUGUUUUAACCAACUCAGCAUGCAGCCAUAUAGCCUUUACUCAGAAAUCAGUAAGGUUGGGUUUCACAGAUUUAAGUCCAAAAUUAUUUUCAUAGACAAUUUUUUUAAUAAUUAUCCUUCAAACCCAUUUAUUCAGAAUUAAGGCAAACUGAAUUAAAGUUGCAAAGUUAAAUAGACAGUGAGGAUUCUUUCUGAGUAUCUCUAGGAUUGCAUAGUAAAUUGCCUUAAAAUACUAUCUUUUGCAUGCUUUCCUAGGGAUAAAUUCCGCUCAGCAUAAAGAUAUUUAAUUUUUGGCUAACAUUCAUAAAGCUUUGCUGCACCCAUCCUGGUCAAUUAAUCUAUACAUUUAUAAGUCCAACUAGUUUUAAAAGUUUUGAACUGGGCUAUUAAUUUGAGUUUUCUGCUGUAAUCAAGCAUUGCUUAACUCAUGAUAAAAACUGACUCUUCAAAAUACUUCCUGGAAAAAGUGUAUCCAGUUGGUGCAGUUAAUUAUAUAAACUUUAUAAUUGUUGUUGAAAGUUAUGACCCAGUUAAAGUUUGUCCCAUUGAUUUCAAUGAGAUGUUAAAAAUUAUUUCUAAUAUUUUCUUUCUCAGUGAGAUCAGUAAGACUCAAAAUAGUUGACUGGUUAAUAUCCAUUGGUUAAAUAUAAGGGACUUCCAAUCUUCCCUAUUAUUAUUUUAGAAGUUAGAGAAAAAUAAUGCAAUUAAAAAAUUCUUGUACCAGAACAUCUGCUUGAUUUCCAGAGUCCCAGCAUCUCUAGUUAUGUGAUGCUUUUAAAACACCAAGGAUACAAUUUAUUGUAAUUUGUAGCAUGAUUUUUCUGACAGUAAGAAAUAUGAAAGCAACCUGCCUUUUCUGCAAGUCUAUAGUUUGCUAAAAACAAAACAAACAAACAAAAAAAAACCCCAGCCAACUAAACAAAAACACGGGGAUAAAGUCAAAUAUUAGUAAAAUAGUUCUAAACCUAAUGACUUGUACAACAGAAAUUGUUGUAAAAUUCCUAACAAUUUAAUAUAAUUCCACCACUGUAUUGGUGUGAGGCGCAGUUGUCCAGGGGACGAUUUUGUAUAGUAUUUUUCUUGUAUAUUACUUCCAGUAAAUAUCUGAAAAUAUAUGAAAGUACACUUGAGCUUUCUUUUUUUUCUUUGAAAAAAAAUCAUUUUUCCUUUUUUGUCACAAAAUAUUAAAUCAUUAUUGUUGCAGUCUUAAUUAACUGCAUUUUUUAUAAAAAUAUGUCCUUUGAAGUGUACAGCAAAUUGCACUUCAGAAUAUAGUUUUGCUUGAAUAUUAAUUUAGUUAGGCAUAAGACCGUAAUUAAACAAACAAGAUUGGAUAAAUGUUGAAUGCCAUUUCAUUUAGUGGAGCAUGUACUUUUUUACAUUUUUUGACAGUUCAGGUAUAGUUUAAGUGAGAAUCCUCCUAUAUUUCACACAGUGGGCUCAUCUAGACCCAUAUAUUAAAUAAACUGUCCAAGUGAUGCAGACAAAUAAUGGCCUCUGCUUUUCCUGAAAAUAAAGAUGGUGAAUGUUAAUAACGCACUCCUGGUGUUACCCAAACAUCACAAUCCUAUGCAUGUUUCCUUAGGAAUCCUACUGUCUUCAGUAGGUCUUAUUCCUAAAUAUGGUUAGGAUUGUUCUCUGCAAGUUUGCAAACUCUGCAAACAAAUUGUCUCAUUGUAAUGUUGAAAUAAGUUUGGAUAUUUCACAUUGAAAUGAAAAGAAUGAAAGAAACAAAGGAAGGAAGAAAAAACCUUUUCUCUGGAAUACUUUAAAAUUGCAUUUUAAAUGCAUGAAAUGUAAUUGACUUUUAUCUGUAAGAUUUUAAAUGGAAUUAAUAAACAGCACAUAAAAUAUUUGUUGUUAGGGUUAGUUAAUUUCUUUCUCAGGAUAAUAAUGGAGUAUCUUCAAGACAUUGCAAUUUGUUUUUCCGGGACUGGGAUCCCUUUGGAAAACAGCGCUAUUAGAGUCUGUUACCCCCCCCCCCCCGCGCGCAGUCUUCCUGGGCAAGUCUUUCUAGAAGUAAUAGGUAAAUGUAUGCUCAGGAAAGAGCCUCUAUUAAAGACAGCUGGGUUUGCUUUGAGGUAAGAAGCUUUAGAAACUAAUGCAACGAACAUUGUUACCCCCCUCCCAUUUAUGUUGUUUGUAUGAAUAUUGGCAACAAACAAUUUCACAUUCAAAUAUUAGUUUGUUAAUGAUUUUCAGGAGAUCAACUGGGACAGUUAAAGUUUGGAAAUAUUAUUCAGUAGUUGGCUCGCUGUAUACAUGGAAUGCUUAUUUUUAUUAUUUUACAAGUAACUUGACUUAUAACUUCUUCUUACAGUGAGUGAGUGAGGUACAAAACUGCUAUUAUUAUCCUAUGACGAUUGAAUCUAUUAAAUACAUUGAUCUCUGUUAUUAAUCCUUAAUGAUAAGAACAAACACAACCUUUGAAGCUUCUUUUCGGGUCAAGCAGUUUAGGGCCAUAGAUUUGGAAGGGGGGGGGGAAUAGCCUAAGGUUGAAAAAAACCAAGUUAACUAUUAAGCAGUCUCUCCUCAAUAGAUCCAAGCCUGAAGUUUGAAAGUUGUUGAUUGUUCUGAUCCCUGGCUGUUCGCCACCGUAAAAAGGAAAUCCUGUUCGGUUGAAAUGUAAAGAAAAGAUCACAGAGUCGGCAGUCGGUGGAUUUUUUUUUUUUUUAAUAAGUUGCUGUCCGAAUCCCGUCGCCACUUCCUCCGGGAGCGAAUAGAGAUCUGGGAAAAAAAAAAAUAAUAAUGCAAACUUGAGCUUGGGGGAAUUCUGGCGCCAAAUAGUUCCCUUUGAUUUCGUUCAUCUCCGCGGUGCAAUCCGGAGAGCUGCCACUUUGCCCAGUGGUUUCGCGUGGCACCUCCCUUUCCAACGGGGAGGCAAAAGUGAAAGUUAGGCUAGGCUGUACCUUAAAUAAUGGAAAAGUAAUCAGCAAGAGAAUCCUAAUCUUGCCGUGGAGCUGAGAACUGCGAAAUAGCCACAACUGUAAAAAAUAUAUCUGUUGUAUGGCCGCUGCUGUUGUUUUUUCCUGGAUUUUGAGACCAUAUUACGGUCUUUGCAAGGCGCGCUUUGCAGUUCUUUUCCAACCUCCAUCUCCUCCAAGCAAAGAAAAAGGUCGCCAGCCUCAUGGACGCACUUGCCUGCAGUGCUGCCCCCGGCCACCUUUUUGUUUUGGCUUUGGCAAAGCUGGACAACGCAAAGGGGGAGUUGAAACUAGAGGUCCGGCAGGCGAGGCAGCGCCAAUCUCUCCUUUUUUCCUGCCUAGCAAGGUGAGCUUCAGGGUUGGGGCGGGGAUGGGUUUGGCUGCCCCACAGGAGGGCCCCGAGGUGAUUCCGGGCUCCUGCCCCAGCUGAAAGCUGGAGCUGCUUUUGGCUUGAUGCCCUGGCUAUGCGUAUUCUGCGCUACUGAGUGGGAACUGCGGAGGUGAGGGAGAUCUCGACCUUGGUGCAAAAAGAAAAGAAAAAGAAAAAGAAAAAAAAACCCUCUUUCUGCAAGCUCAUGGGUGCUUUCAACCGAAAUCUCUCCCAGCUAGGAAAAACUCAGCCGGGUUGUGGGAUGGAGGCAGCGGGCGGGCGGGAAGGCGGAGGCAAUCCGCCUUAGCUAUUUGCUCUUUGACUUUGUAAAUAGAUCUUCUGCAAAGCAGACUUGGGCGUCUUACUCCCAAGUUUCAGUCAAUGAGGAAGUGGGGCGGGGACAGAACCAAUACUCGGUUUAAUACCUUAGGAUCGCACCAGCUCUCUCUCCACUUAGGUAUUUGCAGUUGGAAUAGGAUUAGCCAAAUUGGAUGUAUUUGGGGCCAAUGGGAAAAAAGGAGACGGAAGACUCGCAUCCGGUAUGCCCCGUUCCUUUGCUCAGUUACAUAACCUCUAGAGAAAGUACGUUUGAUGCCUUCUACCACUUCAAACCCCACCGUUUGAAGUGGUAGGAUGUGACCCCAUUGACUAUGGUGGAGCUAAGCAUUGCUGCAGUCCUAAUAGGCAGUCUUACGUGGCCAAAUCUUCUUUAAAAGUGAGCUCCAUUGAAUCCUGUCCAAAGAAGACUGUAGAUAGAAUCGCAACCUUGUAAACAUGUGUAGCUUAUCUUUAACUUGGAAUAAAUGCAUUUAGGAUCGGGCUUUAACUCUGACAUCUAAUUCGGAGCUUUGGAAGGGCUAAUAAAUAAUAUAUUAUACUGUAUGCGGAGGUGCCUUUCUGAAAGAAAAGGAGGAAAAAUGACAAUAAUGGCUUAAACUGAGGUAUGGAAUAAUCAACCACAGGUGUCUUUCUGCCAUGAUCGAGAACACGUGCAAGGUGUCUCACGGACGGCGGUGAUUUAAGAUUCUUCUCACUCUUGGUUGGGGGCAGCCUCAUCUCUGAGCCUCCGACAUUUAAAGGCAAACUUCCUUGCAAGCAGCAAGGAAAGCCAACUUUCCUUGCUACUUGCAUCUCUUUUGGAAAGGCGUUUUGUUUGUCUUGUGGACGGGGAAAGUGUUGCAUAACUAGAAGAAAUGCUUUCGCUUGCUUUCUUUUUAGACCUAAUACUCAAUGGGUGCUGGGGUCACACAGUAGGCCGGGCCAGACUAGACUAGGCUAAAAUAGGGCUGGGCCGUUUGUGUUAUAGGAACCCAGUCAACCACUAUCCACGUCUACAUGUACGAAGCCAUCACGUCAAACUAUAAAACGUCUAGAGCAUAUUCUGAAGACACUGCGGUUGUGUUUUGUUAAUCCUGAUUUAAGACCGAGCAUGUUUUGGUACCUCAGUUGCAGGGUCGAUCACGGACGGAAUUCAAAUCCCUGCUCAGUUUGGAAAGGCAGGCCGAGAUUUGGGUCAAUCACUCAGUCGGACCAGCUUCAAAGGGUUGUAGAAGGAUAAAGGGGGACAAAAAGAGAGAGGGCGUUGCUUUGAACUAUUAGAAGGGAUGAUGAGUUAAAUUCACACAGAGUUAUACUAAUGGUUUGAUGCUGGACAGAAAGUUCCUUCCACCGGUGUCAGGAAAAGCAACAGUUUGAGGCUUUUCCUGUGUAUUAAUAUGCAUUCUAAAUUCGGCGCUGGCACUUAUUAUCGAUCUGGAAGAAAGAUGCGCUCUAGAGCCACUCAAAGACAUCUUAGAAUAGUUUAUCUAUCCCUUGGUUCUGUCGCAGUCCUAACUAUCCUGGGGUUUUGUUUCUGAAGAACUGCCUUUUUCCUUGAAGGACCGCUUUUUGAGCCAGGAAUUCAAUGGCACGUCCAGACUGGGUGGCUGAGCUGCCGUCCCAAAAUACAAAAUACCAAAAGCCAUACUGAUUCCCGGGCACUAUUAUCCCUAUUAGGGUCCUUAAUGAUUGCAAGUUUCGAAGUGUGUGAGGGAAGGAGGUAGAAAUCUCACCACCCGGAGACCAUAAGAUUUACUGUGACUUACGGGCUAGCAAAUUCAAUUACCAUUCUGUAGGACAUCUAUAGCUCCCAAAAUUUCAGUUCGGACCUAACACGGGAAUUCCUACCGGAACCCGGGAAAGUAAAAUGGCUACGGUUUAAGUUAAAUGCUGGGAACGACAUAAACUCGCGGAGAUUCGGGUCAGUCGUGCAGUCCCCGAAGGACGCGGGGAUCUGGAUCUGCGUGUGAGCUUUACUCUCUCCUGGGACAAAGCCUGGGGCGGUGCUUUGAGUUCCUCGCGAAGUGAUUGCGGGACAUUUGUUUCCUGGACUGGAGGGGAAGCGUCGUUUCCUGGGAAAUCGCCCCUCCUCCCCCGAUUUUACUUCUGCCGGUCUAGACCAAUUAUAUCCCGGAUUAAGAGACCAUCACUUGAGGAGAGCCUCCUGUCCAGGUGACUAUCCUUUCCUUCCCUCUGAGCCUCAUUGCGGAAUAAUGGCUUGAAAGAACCAGAGGAAAUUGCUUGACCUCCGGCCGGGAAAGCCCAAGUCCGGAGGCAAGUUUAAGGCCAAUCGCGAGAGCUCGCGAGAGGUACGGAGGUAGUUUUUGGUGAAAGUAUAGGAAGGCGACCUCCAUUUGACCGAGCAUUCGAUACUAGCACCCCCGCCGGCGUUUUCUAGUGUUUGUUUUGUGUGGCCACCGGUCUUAAAAUAACUCUCUCCCCGCUCGGCUUCCCUUUUGGGGCUCUGCCCGUGGGCUAAGUGACUUGGAGACUUGGCUCGCCUUUGCUGCGCGUAAGUGCGAAAGAGCCUUUAAGGAAUCAAAUAAGGCACCUUACGCCUUACAGACGGGUGGACGGGCUAGACAGAAAGGGGGUAAUUGCGUGAUGGUUUCCAAAGCCGACUUUGGUGCUUGCGCGGAUUUGGCAGCCUACUAGGUGCUGAAGCGCCUGAGAGCACAGCCAAGUUCGCCGACUUCGGGAGUGGAGAAACAGCGCCGCCUGCCGACUGAAUUGAAGUUGCUCGGGCGUUGGCCGAGAGACAAGAAGCGCCGCGAGUCCCGCAACCGGCAGCGAGCUUUUUAAGUUAGCCAAAACUUUCCGCCAGUUUUGUUAGACGUAGGGUCGAUGCAGAAAGUAUUGUUUUUCUUAUUUUUUAAAUAAAAAAAACACAUUAAGGAAAGUAAAGGUGGAAAAUAUUGAGGCUGAGUGAUUAAAAUGUAUUUUUCUUGCCCGUUUUCUGGUGCUCCCUCUCUGAUCUCGAGAUUGGCACUUUGUUUUUCUCUUUUGUUGUGCCCACCUCGGUUUCUGCCAGCCCAAAUGCUACUAAGCGGAUCUGAGGAAGCUGGCUACGUUUUCUCAGAUCUCUUCCGCUCGUCCUUGGCUCCAAGCUCCUUAGCUGCGGACCUUUAGCGGGACUCAGCCUUUCUUUCAGCUACAUCAGAUCUCACCGGAACAGAGUGAAGAAGAAAUAUUUUUCAGAAUCGGUGGUUAAAGCAAAGGAAUCAACAGAACUAAAAGAAGGAAGGAAAUACCGGGCAGAAUGAGAUCUCCUUCCGUGUUUUAAAAAGUUAACCCCAGAAUUAAAGCAACUGAAACGGAGGGAUUUGAUCUCCUCCGUGCUGAGGAACUUGCUUUAAUUUCUUUACAAAGGAAACCUAUUAUAAACAAGAAAAUAUUUCUGUUGCAUGUACAAGGACUUAAAGCGCUUAAGUGCUCUUACAAAAAGUCAUGGCUUGAUAGAUGUUUGGACAGGGAACUUCAUGAUAUGUAUAAGAAAUUAUGCUAUUCUUAGACAAUAAUGAUGAUAAUACAAGUAACUUUUCCUGGUAGCAGUAGAAAAACCAGGUCAAGCUAGAAUGGCUAAUGCUGGUAUAGAGAUGAAUCCAUACCUGUAUAGCAGGCACAAGAUAAUCAAUCAUACCUUUGCCAUUUUCAAGAGAGGUGUGCAGAUCCAACCUGACUCAACUCUUAGUAACAAAGAUUCCCAAAAACAAUUUUGACUAUGUACAUGGCACAUUACAUGGCACAUUAUCUACACAAGUAAAGUUAAUUUAUUUUGGUUCAAUUUUUAUUGGUCCUUUUACACAUAAAUUCACAUACAGUCUACUCUUCUCAACAGCAGUAUUGGACAAAAUGGUCAACUGGAUCUGUGGAAACCUGCUUCAAAUUCAACUUUAGCUAUGGAAGCUCACUGGCUGACUCUAGGCCUGCUAUUAAAUUUCUUGUCAUAGCCAGGAUUGGCACUGGAUUAGUGCCAAAACAAAAACAAGCUAGAAAAAGAUGACCUCUGCUGUCUCCAGGACACCAACUAUGCUUUCCAAGAAGACCCUACCAACAGCCAGUUUGCAGUAACUUCAUUGAAAUAAUCUUAUUCUUAUUUUUUAGAGAGGUAAAGACACAUAGUUUAAUGCAACUCCCUAGCUAGAACUAUUCAAAUGGAUUAAAACUCCCUUUAUUCACAACCAGCUAUCUCAAUACAUGCCAUAUUCCCUCCCUCCCCCACAAUGAGAAGUGUAAUUUGAUCCUGGCACACUGGAUCAAACAUAUAGGAAUAUAUAAAGUGUCCUUGAACAUUUUAUGUAGGAAAACACAUUGUAGAAUGCACAAAAAUUGAACCAAAACAAAUUAAUUUCACUUGUGUAGAUGAUGUGCCAUGUAACAGAAUACACAGCCAAAAUUGUGUUUUGGAAUCUCUGUUACUGAGGUUUGAGUCAGGUUGGAUCAGCAUGCCUCUCCUGAAAAUGGCAAAGGUAUGAUGUUUAUUUCGUGUCUGCUAUACAGGUAUGGAUUCACCUCCGUACCAACUCUUUCUCACCCGAGACUUACCAUUCAAUCACAUCAGAAAACCUGGCCUCAAUACAAUGCAGAGUUAUGUCAGCAACCUGUCUGAUUUAAUUUCCAUCCGUAACAUGAGAAGAAUGCCUAGAUAUUGGAUUCACUUGAACUGAUUGUCUGGUGUUUCAAUGGCACUAAGAAAAUAUGCUUAAACCUGCCAGGAUGCAAAGUAGAUUUCUGCCAAAUGAAAGUUCGGCUGCUUUUUAAGUGCAUGUCUAAAGUUUUGUGGAUAGCCAUUUCUGCAAAUUAUAUGUUACAAUACAGUCAACAGGAUUCCUGAUUCCUUCAGUACUUUUUGAAACUUUAAAUACAAAUGCCUACAGAAAUACAGAAAUGAAAGUCUUGGUGCUUCAGUGAGUUGAGAAUGAAAAAUUAGAAAUCUAAUGAUCUAGAAAUAUUGUCCACACUAUCAAUUCAGUAAGGGGAGACACUCCUGUUUGUAAUAUUUUCUUGAAGUUUUUCUUUAAUUAUCCUUUUUUAAACAGGUGUUUUAUAUUACACGGUAUUGCUUAACAAUAAAGUUAUGUACUUCCAAUUGCCCCUUUAAUACAACAUCUGGCAGAAAUGUCUGUAUCAAUAUUCAAAACUAUUGAGUUCAACCUUCCCACUUUUUGAAAUAUGUCAGGGCACUCUGAGGAUCCCAUUAAAAUCUAUCUGUAUUUCUAACAACAUUGCAGACUUGUUUUUUUUGUUUUUUUUUUACUAAACUUCCUUUGAACUGUCAAUGUUCACAAUUCAGAUUUUGGAUAUUGAAUAUUAGAAUGUAAAAAAAAAAUCUGAUCAUGAAUACUUAAGUACAAAAUCUCACAGGUAUUUUUGUGAUUAAAGUGACACCUACAAUUUUUGUACAAAACAAGUUUGACAUAAAAAUGCCCAAGCUAUUGGAUUAAUAUGGGCAGUAUCAUGUUGUACACAAAAUUCUAGUGUGUGAAUAGAUAUUGGCACUUUUGUGAUUAGACAAUGCCCUGCUUGUAUAUUGAAGAUCACUAAUACGAACCUUAAGGACACAAGGACUUAUGUUGCUAUGUAGAUUUCUUUUAUGGUACUCGCCAGACUCUCUGGUCCCUUAAUUUUCUUUGAAAUAUUUUUAAUGAAAAACUUUAAAAAGAAACAAGGGUGUCUGCACAAGAGGCAUGAAACUGAAUACCAUUGUUUCCAAGAAUUUUUCAACAGAAAAAUGGUGAAUGUCUGCAGUCUAAGAUUUGGUUCUGAAAAAUGCCCAGAUGUCUAGGAAGUGAAAAGAAGUUGGAAUUGUGCAGAGAAAUCUGAUAGACUUGAAGUGACAUUCUUGGCAAAAAAAAAAAAGAUGGUGGAAGAUAAAGCAGGCAUUUUGAAUAUUGUAAAAAUGUAAUGUGAUUGAUCUUCACUUGUGUAAUUUCACUUGCAUCUUUUGAUGUGCAUGGGGGAACUUUGAAUAAAUAGAUUUCUGACCAAAA